CAUCCAAUCCUCAGUUUGAGCUUAUAAGCUGCGGGCUGUGGAUCGCGAUGUGAAUCAAUUUAUAAAAACCCUCAAACAUAGUCAAUAGAAUUUCAUAAUCAAUAAUAAAUAUUUAUACAACUGUCCGUUUAAUUUUGUAACUAAGCCAAUCAAUUAAAAAUUCCAAAAUGGAAGUAUACACAUCAGAUAGCAGCGAUACCGAUACCCGGGAAUUGAAAACACUUGAUUACGGUCGUAUGAAUUUAAGCGAAAUCACCCUCGAAGAUGAUCUAAACUCAGGGACGAAGUCCAAAUUGAAAAGUCAAAAGGACAUUGAAACUAUGCUUCUCAACCAUAACCGUUUGAAAAUAAUUCCACCUGCGAUUAAAAGUUUUGUCAAUUUGAAAAUUUUGGAUUUGAGUUCAAAUACUUUGACAGAAUUACCCGAAGCAGUCAGUUCAUUACCUUUGGUGACAUUAAUUGCAAAAAAUAAUAUGCUCACAAAUAGUUCAUUACCCAAGUCAUUGGUUUCAAAAAACUCAACAUUGAAAGAAUUGAAUUUAAGCGGCAAUUUGUUGACACACUUUCCUGAUCAGUUGUUGGAACUGAGAUAUCUAAGAUACCUUUAUGUGGGUGGAAAUCAAAUCUCAAACAUCUCAAAGGAUAUUUGGAAGAUGCACAGCUUACAGGUUCUUUCAAUGGGUGGAAAUGUGAUCAAUGACGUCCCCGAUACAGUUGGUUGCUUAGGCCAACUUCAAGCAUUGAUACUUUGUGAUAAUUUAAUCGAAAGCCUUCCUACUAGUAUUGCUCGUUUGAAAAAUCUUAAAUCUUUGCUACUGCAUAAGAAUCGCCUAAGACAUUUGCCAAAGGACAUUGUGGCUCUUAAAAACCUAACAGAGCUCAGUCUUCGUGAUAAUCCUCUAGUUGUGAGAUUCGUUCAGGAAAUGGCCAUCAACCCGCCCUCGUUAAUGGAAUUAUCUGCCAGAGCCGUUAAAGGAACAAAUACAAAGUAUGGACCUGAGGACUUACCACAUACCGUUUUGGAAUAUUUAAAUAGUGCAAAUUGCUGUGUCAAUCCAAAUUGCAAAGGUGUUUUCUUCGACAAUAGGGUGGAACAUAUUAAAUUUGUAGAUUUUUGUGGAAAAUAUCGAGUACCUUUACUGCAGUACCUAUGUUCAUCAAAAUGCAUUCAGCCAGAAACGCAACAAAGAUCAGAAGCUGGUGCAAGCGGAUACUUGAUGCGCAAGGUUUUGCUUGGGUAGAAGAACUGAGCAAUUUAAAGAAAAUUAUUGUAUUUUUUAUUGGAGUGAAUUUAAGAAAAAACUGUGAAUGGAUUUAUUGAUUUAUUAAAGUGAUUUAUGUACCUUUA